AUGAUGAUGGAGAAGCUCGUGGCAGCAGCUCCUUCGAUUCAGGUUGCCGUCGGCAAGAUCCGCCCAGCAAGCUGCAACUGGGAGCCGCGCUCACCGGCACGCAGCAUCCCAGUCGAGGAUAUCCAAACUAUCCUCACUGCCAAUAUGUUCGCCAAACCACGCCCGAAAAAGCCAAUACUUCCCACGCACUCCAAGAAGCGCAAGGCAACGCACGCUGUUGAGGAGGUCACAUUCGACAACAGCGCAAGGCAAGAAUACCUGACUGGGUUCCACAAGAGGAAGGUUCAGAGGCAAAAGCAUGCGCAGGAGGAGGCUGCCAAGAGGGCGAGGGAGGAGAAGAUUGAGUUCCGCAAACAGCUACGCGAAGACAGGAAGAAGCAAGUUGAGGAGCAUGUCAAGAACAUAGAGGCCAUCAUGAAGGGGUCGCAAGUGGCUGGCUUGGGCUCGGAUCAAGAAGGGUCGGAGAACGGUGGCUCUGAUAAGGAUGGAGACGAGUGGGAGGGGUUCGACGAGGCCCCGCAAGCGCCAGCCCUGGAGGCCGUGGACCACGAAGAGGAGUACAUCGAUGAGGAUCUCUACACGACUGUCAAGGUGGAGGCGGUCAGCGUGGACAGGGACGGUCUGCAUAACAAAGCCGAACUGGAGGCUGUGCACGGAGACGACGACGAAGGCAGUACACAGGAAGACAAGGAGUCUAAGAACGCAAAGGACGCUACAACGAACGAAGGCAGAAAAGGCCUGCCCAAGAAGAAAAAGAAGAAAUUCAGAUACGAGACCAAGGUCGUCAGGCAGCUGGCGGACAAGAAGAACAGGGCGAGAAAGUCAAGAGAUUAG